UUUCCUUCCUUUGCUUCACAACACACAUACCUCUCUCUCUCUCUCUUCUCUCUCUCUCUGCGUCUUACUUUGAGCAUGUUUGUUUCUUCAAAGAAGAUCAAUAUUAUUACUCCUCAACUUCUCUCUCUCUCUCUCUUCUCCCUAGCUUCUUCUUAGCUCCUUCUUCAAAAGCCUUCUCUUUAUAACUUCAUCCCUCUCUAGCUCACUACUUUUUGAGAUAUAUAAAGAGAGAGAGAGAGAGCGAACGAAGAUAUAAAUCAAAUCUUUCAGACACCCCUUUUGACUUCUUUCCCCCAAAGAAUCCAAUCUCUGCUUUCUUUUUUCCUUAAGAGAAAUUCAUUUUUAAAUUCCAAAGCAAAAUCUUCCAUAGAAAGAAGAAAAAAACAACAAAACAAACAAAAGUCAUCACCAUCAUCAACUUCAGUGGCAGCAGCAAUAGCAAGAGAGGUUUCUUUAAGGUUUGUCUAGUUAUAUAUAUAUAUAUCAAUGGAAGGACUUUUUCUAGAGAAACCAAAAUCAAACACAACAGCUACUACGACUCUCCCUGAUCUAUCUCUCCACAUCAGUCUCCCAGAUAUUCAUCAGUAUCAUCACAAUGAAUCUUCCAAAGAACCUUGUAGAAGAUCUUCUAAUUCCCUACCGGAACACAACCGAUCAUCAUCCAACUUUGAACUUUCUUUGUCUCAUCCACCCGCAAGAAUCUUCCAUUGUCCUGAUCGAAGAAACCUAAAUCUUCCUCAUCACCAGCAUUACCACAACCCUAUCAUCAAUGGUCACCAAAGAGUCGAUGAAUCCGAGAUUAGUAAUCUCCACCGUCCGAUUAGAGGCAUCCCGGUCUAUCACAACCGUUCUUUCCCUUUCCACCAACAAACCUCUCCUUCUUCUUCUUUGCCUUCCCAGCUUGGAGGAGCAGACUUGGAUCAAAUCUCAAUCCUGAACUCUUCUUCAGGCUAUAACAACGCUUACCGGUCAUUACAAUCUUCCCCGAGGCUUAAGGGUGUCCCUUUGCAUCACCAUCAUCAUAAUCACUAUGGAGUCGUUGGAUCUUCAGAUGCCUCUUCUCCUCAUCUCCAUAACCAUCACCAUCACCAUGGGAUGAUCAGAUCAAGAUUCUUGCCUAAGAUGCCGACAAAGAGGAGCAUGAGAGCUCCGAGGAUGCGUUGGACUAGUAGCCUUCACGCUCGGUUUGUUCACGCUGUUGAGCUCCUAGGCGGCCAUGAAAGAGCAACUCCGAAGUCGGUUCUUGAGCUCAUGGAUGUAAAGGACUUAACUUUAGCUCAUGUGAAGAGCCAUUUGCAGAUGUAUCGAACUGUUAAGACCACUAACAAGCCUGCUGCUUCAUCAGAUGGGUCAGGAGAAGAAGAAAUGGGCAUAAAUGGAAACGAAGCUCAUCAUCAAUCAUCGACGGAUCAAAGGGCACAAUCUGAUGAUACUUCUCUUCAUCAAGAAAUUGACAUUUCUUCCACACAACCUCGUUGGAGUAACUCUUCACGAGAGACAUGGCCAUUAAGUAAUAACUGCUCAAGCGACAUGGAUACAAUGAUCAGAACUUCAUCAACAUCAAUGAUCUCCCAUCUUCAAAGAUCCGGCCUUCAAAAUCAGGAGCAAAGGUUGAAUGAUCAAUCAAAGAGGUGUGGCGAUCUUAGUUGUAACAAUCCAAGUUUGGAGUUCACAUUAGGCAGACCAGAUUGGCACGAUAAAUGACUUUCUUGAUCGAUUUGGAUUUUAAAUAUAUAUCGUUUUUUUUCCCCCGCUCUCUCGCUAUAUAUACACUCAGAAGCAUGUAUGAAGUAUAUAAAUCAUUGUGACGAUGAGAUUCUCAACGUAAAAGAAGAAGAACACGUAGAGAACCAAGUUGUUCAAGAGUGUUGAUUUUUGCAGAGAGGGGAUAUAUCACUACAAAAAGGAAGAUAUUUGGAGUUCUUCU